UUUGCCGGACCACAUGAUACGCAUCAUCGACGCGCCUCGCUUGCGACUCAUGAGAGCAGAUCGCGGCGGCGUACUAUUAAAGAAGGUGGCCUCUUUCUUGACGACCCACCACCCACACCCGGCCUUUCUCCCCUCCUCCGCCGUUCCACUCCGCUUCGUCGCCGGCCCCUCCGGUCCCCCCGCAGCCGUCGCCAUGGCCGAGGCCACCGCCGUGUUGCAGAAGAAGCGCGCCCUCCGGUCCCAGAUCCGGAGAGCGCUCAAGAUCUUCUCUCCCGCUCAGCGAGUACAAGAAGAUGUGGCAAUUCAAAAUCUUGUACUAAAUUCACCUUGGUUCAAGUCUAGUAAAGGAUUAUGUGCUUAUAUAAGUUGUGAGGCACUACGUGAAGUUGAUACAUCAAAAAUUGUGGCAGAAGUUUUAAAGAACUCUGAUGCUGAACAUGGCAUGCAGGUAAAGAAAAUGCUAUAUGUUCCAAGGGUUGAAGAUAAGAACAGCCAUAUGAGGAUGCUCAGAAUCUCAAAUAUUGAAGAUCUAGUAGCAAAUUCAAUGGAUAUACUGGAACCUUCUCCUGUUGAUGCUGAUCAGAAUGAACGUGAAGAUGUUAUGCUGGCAACUCAACCAGUUGACCUCUUCCUUUUACCUGGACUUGCAUUUGAUAGACAUGGAAGACGGCUAGGUCGUGGUGGAGGAUACUAUGAUGUUUUCCUGCAGAAAUAUGAAGAGCUUGCCAAUCAGCAAAAGUGGAAACAGCCACUCCGAGUUGCGCUUGCCUACUCAGUGCAAAUUGUGGAUGAUGACUUGAUUCCGACGACUGUGACAGAUGUUCCAGUUGAUGCUGUUGUUUCAGCAGAUGGUGUGAUUCCGAUCAGUCCUGCUGCUUUGGAGAGGAUGUAACACAAUUUCUUGAUAUGUUCAUUCCAUUCUGUUUCUAAUGGACGUCAUACAUGGAAAAUUUUUGCUUUCUGAACCAGUUGAGUUUCUGUACCAUGAGCUUACUAAAAAUGCUACGGUCUCCUUCA